UAACGAUUUGAAAUGAGUUCAUGUCCACGACUCCACGGUCCACCCCAAAUUUGGAUAAUCGUACCCUUGUUUAUUUUGAAUUAACUUGAAUACCAUUUUUUUAUCUUUCUUUCAUCUCCACUAAAAGAAGCUCCCGGUUUUCCUCUAGAUCUGAGUCAGUUCAGCCUCACUGCGAUAAUCUAGGGUUUGAAGUUUUGCAGCACCAGUUCCCGAGGAACUCAAGCUAGCUAGGUUUUGAGUCCCCAAUUUUAGUGAAAUACUAUAACGCAGUCUAGCAUUGUAGCUCGCGGUGUUAAUAAUAUAUGUGUAUAUAUAUAUAUAUAUUAAUUUAUUUAUUUUAAUUAAGUUCUGCUGUGCCGAAUUCCCUACGUUGUAGCGGUGGAAUCGCUAAAUUUCAUUUUUGACUGAUUUUUGCUGUCCCAAGACUUGGAUGAUGGAAAACUGUUAAGCAAUCCUCCGAGAUUGUAUAGAGCUUGCGAGAUUUUUUGUUGUGGGGAAUCGUGUUCAAACAAGAAUAUAUGUAUAUAUGUGUUAUUGCGUAGUCAAACUUCGUUGGGAGUUUCGAGCUGAAUCGUGCGUGGUUGAGAAAUUCCAGGUUGAUACUGGAAGGUUUGGUUCAUGGGAGUUUGGAGCUUAAAUUAUUGAAAUUGUUCAGUCUACGGAGUGAGCAAUCUGUACAUUGUUCUCAGUUGAUCCAAGACUUUAGUAUAUAACCCCUGCUAGUUCUUUUGGGUGGGUAUAGAUGUAAUUCGGGUUUGAUAACUUGCUUUGUUUUGAUUGUGAAACGGGAUCAAGUUAAGUAGAGAUAUGUGGGUUCUGAGAUAAGAAAGUGAGUGUGUGAAAGAUGGCGCUUAAGCUUGCGGCUGCAGAAGCAGCUAAGGUGGCUAUUCUGUCGAUUGGUCGUGGAUAUGAUAUCUCCUUGGAUCUUAGACUAAAGUAUUGUAAGGGCGAUUCGCGUAUGAUUGAGAUUAAUGAGGAUCAGGGUCGGGAGAUUAUUCUUCCAGGUGGAACCUCAGUUGCAGGUGUUUCGAAAUCAAUCAAAUGCGAUAAAGGAGAGCGGACACGGUUUCGUUCUGACGUUCUGACUUUCCAGCAGAUGUCAGAACAAUUAAAUCAGGAACUGUCAUUGACUGGAAAGAUUCCUUCAGGGCUCUUCAAUGCGAUGUUUGAGUUUUCUGGUUGUUGGCAGAAAGACGCAGCAUACACCAAAACUCUUGCUUUUGAUGGUAUGUUUAUAACACUGUAUACAGUCGCACUAGAAAAGUCUCAGAUGGUGCUUAAGGAUCAUGUAAAGAAAGAAGUUCCAGCAUCAUGGGAGCCUGCAGCUUUGGCAAGGUUUAUUAGCAAGUUUGGGACUCACAUCAUUGUGGGUGUGAAGAUGGGUGGGAAAGAUGUAAUUUACAUGAAACAGCAGCAUUCCUCAUCACUUCAACCCGCUGAUGUGCAGAAGAGAUUGAAGGUGAUGGCAGAUAAGAGGUUCUUGGAUGCAAAUGGACAAAAUGAAUUAGGUUCCGAGCAAGUAUACCAGAUUGAGAAGUUUGAAAUGAAGGAGACUCGGCUCAGGUUUGCAGAUACUGUCACAUCAAGUUCGUAUUCACAUAAAGAUGAUAUCGUUAGCAUCUGCAAAAGGAGAGGUGGAAGUGAUAGCAUAAAUUUGAACCAUCAGGAGUGGCUACAAACAGUUUUGAAGGAGCCUGAUGUUAUUUCUAUGUCCUUUAUCCCAAUAUCAUCCCUACUAAAUGGUGUCCCAGGAAGUGGCUAUUUGAGUCAUGCAAUUAAUCUUUAUUUGCGAUAUAAGCCGCCGAUUGAAGAGCUCCAUCAGUUUCUGGAGUUCCAGCUUCCUAGACAGUGGGCGCCUGUAUUCAGUGAUCUUCCACUUGGUCCUCAGCGAAGACAGCAAAACACAACUUCCCUGCAAUUUAGUCUUAUGGGUCCCAAACUUUUUAUAAAUGCCACAGCGGUUGAUGUAGGUAAAAGGCCUGUAACUGGUCUUAGAUUGUAUCUUGAAGGUAAAAGAAGCAACCGCUUGGCUAUUCACUUGCAACACCUCUCCUCUCUUCCAAAUAUUUUCCAACUCGAGGAUGACCCGAAUGGCAAUUUUUGCCAUGAAUCAUAUGAUCGGAGAUAUUACGAGAAGGUACAAUGGAAAAACUUUUCCCAUGUAUGUACGGCGCCUGUUGAAUCUGAUGAGGAACUUUCCAUCGUCACUGGAGCACAAUUACAGGUCGGGGAUUAUGGAUUUAAGAAGGUUCUUUUCCUUCGUCUACGUUUCUCGACUGUUAAAGGAGCUAUUUCAGUUAAGUAUCCAGAAUGGGAUGGAUCCCCUGGGUUGGCCCGUAAAUCUGGACUUAUUUCAACUCUAAUUAGUCAUCACUUCACAGCAGUCCAGAAACCACCUCCCCAGCCGGCUGAUGUGAAUAUUAAUUCUGCUGUGUAUCCUGGGGGACCUCCUGUUCCAAUCCAAACUCCCAAACUCUUGAAGUUUGUUGAUACUACAGAGAUGACAAGAGGGCCACAGGAACCACCUGGCUAUUGGGUUGUUUCGGGAGCAAGACUCGUAGUAGAAAAGGGGAAGAUCUCACUUAGGGUAAAGUAUUCGUUACUUACUGUCAUUCAACCUGAUGAUGAUGUGCUGGAAUAAGCUUUGUACAGGCUGUUUGUUUACUUAGAAGUUGAGCACUUGCGGUUGCGGAUUGAAAUGGACGGCUGUAUUGACAUAGAGACCUUACAGACGACGAGCCACAAAGUUCCAGAAUGGCAGAUCAAUGAUGGGCUGCACAUCCAUUUUGAACUUGAGAUGUUACUCGCCCCUUCUUCCUAAUCCUUGUUGUAUCAAUAUGGUUAUUUUAUGUAGAUUCCACAAUCAGGUUUUCUACAUAAAUAUUGUUGGAACGUUUUCAGAAAUGUCAGUGGUUGAUGAAGCCAAAUUAUAGUUUGUAGGAAACAAUGCUGCAAGAGUUUAACCUGGUAUAAAGUAGAUCCAUGUGUAAGAUGGUUUGUACAAGUUGUUGCAGUUUUCAGUGAUGCCCAUACAUUAUUCAGAAGUUCAAAUUUGUCUCAUGUAAUCAAAAUUUCAAGUGAUGUGUACAAAAGAUUCCAAAUUGAAGUAA